GCGUCACACUCCACCAAGUGAUCUUCCUCUGGUCGAGUAUGCGGUUGUCGAGUGUCGACGGUUGUUAAACUGCAUUCCCGGUGUUAAGCUGUAACCGGAGCCUAGAUGCGCGGUCAGUUUCUAAAAUUGAAUUCGGUCAAUCGCGUCAGAGUGUGACAUCCUAGGCUGAGGUCGGGAAGCAGAGCAGCGGGAGGAAGCAGGACGUGUGGAAAAAAGAGAGAGAGAGAGAGAGAGAGACUACUUAAGCUAGGAGCCGCCCCCUUUCUCUGACAUGCCCAGUGUCCUGUCUGUGUUAUGGAACAACAUGUAACGCCCUGCGAGGAUGCGCCCCCACCGCUGAUGUACCGUGUGGAACGGCCUGUGUUCGAUGAGGCCUACCUCCACACCCAGCUCCUGCACCCGAGAGAGAGGAGCCCCAAGACCAUCAGGCAGAGACUGGCACAACAGCUCCACUGCUCAUCAGAAAGGGCCAAAGCCAUUGCUCUGAGCUUCCUGCCCAUUUUAACAUGGCUGCCGUCCUACCCUGUCAAGGAGUACCUGUUUGGGGACCUGGUCUCAGGCCUCAGCACGGGGGUCAUGCAGCUACCUCAAGGUCUUGCCUAUGCCAUGCUGGCUGCCGUGCCUCCUGUGUAUGGCCUGUACUCCUCCUUCUACCCCGUCCUGCUCUACACCUUCUUUGGGACCUCUAGACACAUAUCGAUAGGCACGUUUGCGGUGAUCAGCCUGAUGAUUGGAGGAGUGGUGGUGAGGGAGGCCCCUGACUCCAUGUUCACCAUCCAGGCCCUGAAUGGUACCUCCACCAACACCACCGUCUUCAUUGACACAGAGGCCCGUGAUGCCAGGAGGGUCCACGUAGCCGUAGUCCUCACCACCCUGGUGGGAGUCAUACAGCUGGUCCUGGGGUUGUUGCGGUUUGGCUUUGUGGCCAUCUACCUCACGGAGCCCCUGGUACGCGGAUUCACCACGGCCGCGGCCGUCCACGUCUUCAUCUCUCAGCUUAAAUACCUGCUGGGCAUCCAGACCCCGCGCUUCAGUGGGCCCCUGUCCGCUCUUCACAGUGUUACAGCCGUGUUCAGUGACAUCACCAGCACCAACGUGACCACGUUGAUUGUGGGCGUGGUCUGCAUGGUGGUCCUCUACUGCGUGAAGGACCUCAACGAGCGCUUCAAGAAGAAGCUGCCUGUGCCCAUCCCUGGAGAGAUCAUUGUGGUCAUGGUCUCAACGGGGAUCUCCUAUGGUCUCAGUCUGUCAGAGAACUACCAAGUGGACGUGGUCAGGACAAUUCCAUCCGGGCUGCUUCCACCUGCAAUCCCAGACUUCUCUCUGUUGCCCAACUUGGUAACGGAUUCUAUCGCCAUAGCGGUGGUGGGCUUCUCCAUGGGAAUCUCUCUGGCCAAGAUCUUUGCUCUGAAACACGGCUACAGUGUGGAUGGUAACCAGGAGCUGAUUGCCCUGGGUCUGUGUAACUUUGUCAGCUCCUUCUUCCACACCUUCGCCAUCACCUGUUCCAUGUCCCGCAGUCUGGUGCAGGAGAGCACCGGGGGCAAUACGCAGAUUGCGGGUCUGUUGGCGUCUAUGGUGGUGUUGCUGGUGGUGGUGGCCAUUGGUUUUGUCUUCCAGCCUCUGCCACAGACCGCGCUGGCUGCCAUCAUCAUGGUUAACCUGCUGGGGAUGUUUAAACAAUUCAGGGACAUCCCUGCCCUGUGGAGGACCAGCAAGAUCGAGUUGGCUAUCUGGCUGGUAGCCUUUGUGGCCUCUGUGCUGUUGGGCCUUGAUCUUGGACUUCUGGUGGCCUUAGGAUUUGCCAUCCUGAGUGUCAUCUACAGAACACAGAGCCCAAAGAGUGUGAUCCUGGGACAGGUCCUGGACACAGGCCUGUACUGUGACGUGGAUGAAUAUGAAAAAGCAGCUGAAUGCACAGGGAUUAAGAUUUUCCACUCAAACUCUUCAAUCUACUUUGCAAACAGUGACCUUUAUUUGAACGCCCUCAAAGAGAAGACAGGAGUGGACCCCGUACAUCUCCAGGCUAUACGGAAAGCCCGAAAAAAGAAAAUCAAGAAGGAGAGCGCAGAGAGGGAGAGCCAAAACCACAAGUCACCACGAAAAAUGAGUGCUGUCGUCAAACUGGAUGUGGAGCUGGGCGUCACUCACGAAGUGGUGGCAGGGGGCGGCUCCCAGAACCACUUGGAGGUGCAGGGGAACGGGCAGGUGGCCGAGACCCACACAGAGUCAGACUCUGAGGAGACCCGGUUCCUAGAGCCCCUCUGUCCUGUCCACACCCUCAUUCUGGACUGGACCCCCGUCAACUUCAUCGAUUCUGUGGGAGCCAAAGCAAUCAAGUUGGUGAUCAAGGAGUAUGCAGCUGUGGAUGUGUGUGUCUUCAUCGCCGGCUGCAGCAGAACUCUGCUGGCUGAACUCCGCACCCUGCAGUUUUUCACCGGGGUCGUGACCCCAGAAAUGGUCUUCCCCACCGUCCAUGACGCCGUAUUGCACUGUCGGCGCCGGACUGCCCCGCCCACCAUCCCUGCCAUUCAAUGACAUUGUCCGACGGGGGACAUCAAGGGGGAGGGGCCACAGGGAUCUAAGGCUGCUCUAAAGCUGUGUUCACAUUGGCAGUUUGAAGUGACUCAAAUCCUUUAUUUUUUAUAUAUAUAUAUAUAUAUAUACACACACACACACACAGUCUGAACAGCAAAUGGAUUAGGAUAUUUCUAGCCACAUUUCAAACCAUCUUCAUAGGUGGUUUGAAGUCAGAUACAAAUCUGAUUCCUGGCCAUCUGACGUGUUUGAACGGUGAAAUCUGAUUUAUUUGCCCUGAAGGUGUUUUUAGACUGUUAUUUGGCAUCUCUUGAUGCUUGCUAGCUACUCUGACAAGAACGUGGUAGCUAACUAGCUUGUUAAUUGUUUAAAAUUACUUUGAUUUUGAACAUUCAAAGCAACUGGGAAACGUCCAUGGCAGGAGUCGUCACCUUAGCCUGCUACAUAACUUCUGAGUGAUGGAAAGCACAAACACCACCACCAAUCAGCCUACACCACUGCACACACACCUGUUGUUACUAUGACAACCAGCAUAGCUAUGUCAGCAAAUGACUGCUGUCUGAACACAAACUAAUCUGAUGGAUUAAAAAAACCUGAUUUGAGCAUUAAGGCCUGCAGUGUGUACAAGGCUUAGGUGACCCAGGGGAGUUGGGGCUGGAGACAGUCCUAACGCCCAUCUCCAAGUGCAACUUUUUGUUUUAAGCAGAGAUAAAUAUUUUUAAUAAAGAUGGGUUUGGUUUUAUUGUAAACAUUCCUACGGGCUGCUGCGUGCAGUACUCUUGGCGUUUUAUGGUAAGAGCAAGCCAUUUAUGAAUUUACUUUGUCUUGGAAAUGGUUUCAAGCACUUGUGUUCUUCACAGCAUUGUCUCUGUGUAGAAGAGAAAUAGCAACAUUCAGGUUUUUAGGUCACAUUUUGAUGAGUGCCGAGGGUCUUUUCAGAGCAUCCCCAUUAGUGGUUACAUUUGAGAUCCAGGAGAGCAACACUGAAUAGACCCACCACUGUAGCUCUGGCAUGUUGAAUACAUGUUACUUUUACUGUAAUGUUUUUCUCAAAGAUUGGCCUCUUGUUACCCCUUUCCUGCUGAAUAUCUAAGAAAUGCAUCUUUACACAAAUCUACAACAAACUAAUCAGGUAGGCUGUCAGGAUGGCCACUUCACAGCUGUUACUAAUACUAUUCUUUCAAGUGUCUUUCAAUCAGUGAUAUGCAGUUGAAUUUACUAUAUGAAUAACCAGUCACUACAGCGGCUGAACACUGCGUUUGGUCCGAUCCAAGUCACUCAUCUAGUGCUGUAUGUUGUGUUGGUACAAAGCUAUGAAUAUGUACAUUUGAAGUUAAAUAUUUUUGUGAUAGCAAUAUACCAUUCAAAUAGAUGGUUUAAAUGUAUUGUACAUAUCUUACAGCUUGACUUUUACAUCAAUAAACAAUGCAGUUUUAUAGUA